GUUCCCUUGGAGCUGGAUAUUUCUAUAAAAGCUGCUAAGAAUUUGGUUUUUUCUGCCAAGUCCAGACUUCAUCUCUCUCUUUGCUAUGGAGGAGAGAUCUGCUGAGGAGUUUCUCUUCAAAGACCAGGACUUCUCCUCCGAACUGCUGAGGCAGCUGAAUGCGCUUCGGCAGAGCAGGAUGCUGACUGAUGUUACCCUUUGCUCUGGGGGCUUUGAAGUCCCCUGCCACAGAAACGUGCUGGCUGCCAGCAGCCCAUACUUCAAGGCGAUGUUCUGUAACAACUUCAAAGAGAGUCACCAAGCUAAAGUCACCCUGAAGGGUAUUGAUGCUGAAAUUUUGGACCAGAUUAUCCUUUACAUUUACACAGGGGAGAUUCUCAUAUCUGCUGAGAAUGUCUUGUACCUUUUGGAGACAGCAUCCAUGCUGCAGUACGCUAAGCUGUUUGAGGCCUGCUCUGCCUACCUCCAAGAUAAGCUGACUCCUGACAACUGUCUAAGCAUGAUCAGACUGGCAAAAAUCUUGAACUGCCAAAGCCUGAAUAAGAAGGCCAAGGCUAUGGCUUUGAAAUGUUUUCCUGAAGUGGCCUCUUCUGAGGACCUCAAGGAUCUCUGUCCUUUGGAGCUCCUUGAUUACCUUGGGGAUGAUGAGCUCUGUGGGGAGGAGGAGCAGGUCUUCGAGACACUGAUGGUCUGGAUCCGGCAUGAUCUCCAAGCAAGACAGCGCUACAUCCAAGACCUGUUCAAGAAGGUCCGGCUUCAGUACGUUCAUCCAACUUUCCUCUUCCAUUUCAUUGCCAAUGACUCCCUUGUUCAGUCUUCACCCACUUGCAGGAGCAUUCUUGAGUCAGCUCGGAGACAGAUGUUUUCCUUGUACAGCACCAACGCACCUGACAUCAAGCCAAUGGUACACGUUCCUCGCAGAUACUCCAACCAAGAGUUCCUCAUUGUCAUCGGUGGCAGGAAGGACAACCAGCAGACCACAAGGGAUGUCCUGCUCUAUGAUGACAAGACUAACCAAUGGCUAAGCCUGGCCAAACUUCCUGUACGCCUGUACAAAGCAUCUGCAGUGAGCUUACACAGUAAUAUUUAUGUGCUUGGAGGGAUGCCUGUUAGCAAUAAGAAAAGUCCAGUCAGCGAUAAUAUUUACAUUUACUCCCUCAAACUCAAUCAGUGGAGGUUGGUUGAGCCUAUGCUAGUUCCACGUUAUUCCCACAGAAGCUUGGCAUAUAAAAAUUAUAUUUUAUCAUUCGGUGGAAUUGGUGAAAACCAAGAAAUCCUGAACUCUGUGGAAAGAUAUGACAGCAUCUACAACACCUGCGAGAGCAUGGCAAACAUGCCUGUUGCUGUCCUUCAUCCUGCUGUUGCUGCCAAAGACCAGAGGGUGUACCUCUUUGGGGGAGAAGACAUUAUGCAAAACCCUGUCCGGCUUAUCCAGGUUUACCAUGUCUCCAGGAAUAUGUGGUUUCGGAUGGAGACCAGAGUGGUGAAGAACGUCUGUGCACCAGCUGUUGUGAUUGGAGACCAGAUUAUCAUCGUGGGAGGGUACACUCGGAGAAUAAUUGCUUAUGAUACAAAAGGCAACAAGUUUGUCAAAUGUGCAGACAUGAGGGACAGGCGAAUGCAUCAUGGGGCCACUGUCAUCAAGAACAAGCUGUAUGUUACAGGAGGACGAUGUCUCACUGUGGACAAUGUCAUUGAAGAUUCAGAUUCUUUGGACUGCUAUGACCCAGAGACCGACACAUGGACACCAAAGGGAAAACUGCCACACAAACUCUUUGACCAUGGGUGCCUUACACUCCAGUGUGUACCCUGUUCUAACCUUCUCUGAAUGACAUUUGGUACUUCCCAGGAUGUUUGCUGUUUUCCUCCUCCUUGCUCUGCAUAGAGCACAGGGAAUCCUCCUGUAGUCUCACCAACUCUUGUUCUUGAAGGUCCUAGUGGGGUUGGUCAUUCUCCAAUUACUCUGCCAGAAAGAUCAUGAUCUUCGUGCUCAUGCCAUAUUCAUCUGACCAAUACUGCAUGUGGUACUGCUGAAGUCCUGCCUCCAGGCCUUAUGUGAAUCUCAAGAGAAAGCAGGAAAAAUUACUGAGUAGGAACCCAGUGCAGGAUUUAGCCUUGUGAAGACUUUGAAAUGAAAGGCAGAUAGGAGUGCUGGUACUUCUAUCUAUCCAGAGGAAGUAAAAUCUAGGUAGCCUGCAUUUAGGUUAGCGUGCAAAGAAGAACUACUCAGCUGCAUGUCAUGGCCCUUUGCUGCUUGGAGUCGACCAAGUUUUCUAUUUCCAGUGGCAGCAACAUUUGGAAUAGGAAGCCCUAAGCUCUGAAUGUGCAGCCAGCCUGGAAGCAUCUGUCUGCAUUAGCAGUAAACAUUUUAUGAGACUGACACUUUUAAUGUUUCUAAUAUCAAUAGAAAACAGAUAUAAAAAAAAUAUUAAAAGGCUAAUGCUUUGGUCAAGUGCUUACAUUACAAGAUGCAGAUUUGAUUUUCUUGAGCUACCUCUCUUUCGUGUUGCAGUG